AUGGAGAAUUAUGCACACCAAGCAUGUGCCCGGUGCAGGAGUCAGAAGCGCAGAUGCAACAGACUGCUGCCGAUUUGCUCCCGCUGUAGGAGACUGAACCUGCCAUGUCGGUAUCAAGGAAUCGAGGCGGAUCCUGAUCUUCCAAAGAAUGAAGAUCUCUCCCAGCCUAUCCUCAGAACCAUAAGCAAAAGUGUGCAAUCCCACAUCUCAACGAUCAUCGGGGACGAUAGAGCGAUUGCUUUGUCUGCCGCGGUAUUUUUCAGCACUAUCCACCCUUGGUUUCCGAUCGUCAAUCGCGCCUCAUACUACAGUGGCCUUUCGAAGCAAAGCCCCGAGCGUUCGCCGGGGUUUGGUCUCCUGAUCUUGUGCACCCACUUGCUCGGGAUAUCUCCGACCAAUGGGACUAUGUCAAGCCGAAUGCAAGGCCUAUACAUACUUGCAACGGGGCUCGCCGCAUCACUCACCGGUGCCGAGAUUAGCUCGAUUGAGCUGCUGCAAGCGAGAAUUCUCCUAUCCCUGUUCGAAGUGGGACACGGUCCAGCCUUGCAGGUCUGGCUUCGGGGGCGACCAACGGCCGUUUCGGGGGUGGUGCAAAUGUGGAUGACGACCAUCGCAUAUAUUGCCCUUGAGAUGGGCCAAAUCCCAGACACAAACGAGCUUCGUAUCAGUAAUGCGGCUAGUGUUUCGACAGCAGAUCAGGAUUCCGUGCUGAGAGAUCUCUUACGCGCAUCAGCAUCCCUCGAGGAGGUCUUGAACCACAUUCAUACACCGGCAGCCUACGACGUCAAAUAUGACGAGGCGAUGCCACUCAUUCAGUCUCUCGUCGCAUUGCGUGACUCGCUCGUAAAAGAGGGAACGCCUCCUUUAUCCUGUCCUGCGACGGCCCUUUGCAGAAGUGCUUUCAUGGCCAUUAUGGAGAACGGCUACCGCUUGGAGCAUCCACCAGGAAAGGAUUGCAGCCCUCUGUCAAUCGCACUGUUGCAAGCAGAUGUUGAUCAAUUCGUGUCUGCGUGCGAAGGCUUAACGAAAACGAUGGUCGAGGGCGAUAGCAUCAACAUCCCAGGUUUCUUCGUUCACACUACUGGCACAGCCGCGCUGAUGAUAUCACGGUAUUUUAGCGAGUCUCGAACGACGAACGCUGUACCCUCGCUGCAGUGUCUGAAGCAAUUACUGGAAGCACUGAGCAAUCGAUGGCUAGGAGCGGGUGUUUAUCUAGAAAGGAUUCACCGAGAACAGGGUUGA